AUGUCCUUCAACGCCAGUACCUCGGUAGUAGAUCCUCGAUAUGAUGUCCCUGUUGCGGGUCUGGGUACCCCUGCGUUUUACGUUAUCCAUUCUCUAGCAAUAACGUGUAUCCUCAGUAGCCUGUUUUCGGCGGUUUCUGUGAUUUUUGUGUCCUUUCGAACAAAGUCGGCGAAAACUUUCUUUAAAUCGUGGUCCAAGUGCGAGUGUUUUGUGGUAUAUCUGGCUUUGUGUGACGGCCUGUUCAACAUGGUGCACUUCAUGGAUCAUUUUCACAUGGCGAUUGUCAAAGACCAUGUUCAUCCAAUAGAAUUAUGUGAAUACUAUGGUUUUAUGGUCUUCAUGUUUAUUUCUGCCCAGAUGUUGCUUGUGUCACUGAUUGCUAUCAAUGCGUUUGUGUUGAUGAAAUUUGGUAAAAACUUAGACCUCGGCAAGUAUGAUUGGAAACUGCUACUGCUAACAUUUGGAUUUCCCUUUAUUGAGUGCCUCAUCGUCACUGUUGUAGACACAAUUGGACCGACGGGAGCAUACUGCGGAGUAACAGGCAGAAUGCCGACGCUCUUUGUGUUGACAGUUCCGGUGUUAAUCGUCAUCAUCCUGAACUCCGUUAUCUACUCUCUCACUUGGUCAAAGAUACGGACCGAAACAAAAAGACUGGAAGGCACUAUUGGAAAAAAGGCAAACUCGGAUAGAAAAUCAACACAGGCUGCUAAAAAUAUGUCUUUGUUUGUAUUGGUGUUUUUCAUCCAGUGGUGGGCUGCCGCGGUAAACGGGAUCUGGGGCAUGAUCGCCGAGAAUGUCCCUUUGGCAAUGUUUCUGCUUGUGACUUCAUUUACAAACAUCGGUGGAAUUUUGAAUGGAAUUGUUUUCUUGAUCAUGCGCAGAAACAAGGCUCGUAAAUCUGCACCCAAGCCGACUGUCGUUUGUGUUUCGAAGUCAAACACCGAGGCUACUGAAGUAAAGUAACUAUCUGUUCUUAGUAUACCGUCUGCAAUGCCAAGAGGGUUGUUAGAUAUGUAAUGUGCUUUGUACGGUAUCUUCAAAGCAUUUGACCUAAAUAGUGAAAUUAACAUUACUUCCCGUCAAAGUAUUCUCCGCGGUUUGAAAUACUUUUUUUCAAUUUUUAAAUCCAUUGCGUUACUGUACGCUGACCCACGAGCACUGACUGAUGGCGAGGCAAGGGCUUGUCAAGGACUUGUAACGACGACCAGAUAAGAAAUUUUUAAGUUUGAAAAAGGAAAAUCGGAUGGGACUAAAUCUGGAGAGUAUGGUGGGUGUGGCAAGACGGUGACCUUCUCCGACUUCAAAAAUUGUUUUACAAGCUCAGAUGAAUGUGAUGGAGCAUUUUAAUGAUGUAGACGGACAUGCCUAAAUGAUGACACAGGGCGUCGUUUAUACAUGUUAUAUUGUUUCUUGAACAUUUUUAAUAUAACAUCUCAGCAUUACCGACCUGUAACACUUUUGUCCUUCGGUAGCGGAAUUUAUACGGCUAAACUACAUGUAUCACAUGAGAAGAAUAUGCA